AGUACACUAGUGUUGUAAACAGUUUGGGCAUACUAUCAAAACAUCUCUUCACAGAAAAAGGAAUAUGAUGAUUGAUUUUAACCUUUGCAUAUUUCCCUCAUUAAAGAAAAAAAUUGCAUGUUAGCCUUGAUCAAUGGGAAGUUUGGCAGAGAAGGCUUAAAUAAUAGGUUGUCGAUUUCUCACAUUUCCAUUAAUAAAAUAUUAUUUCUUCUCUCUGCAUGAAUGAAGCAAAAACAAUUUUAAUCUGCGUUGGAGGAAAAAAGAACAUCCACGCACACCAAAUUAGCUAUCAAUUCUCUGAACUAAAACCUAUCAUCAUUUUUUUAAGAUUCUGGGUCCACUGUGUUGAAAAUGUCUGUUUUAUUUCAAAUGUGUCUUUUUAAUUGUAAUAAUCCGGUGAUAGGUUUCAAAUUCUGAGAAGAAUGUCUAAACACUGUCCUAUCAUGGAGUCUGUCAUGUUCUAUACGUAAGCUAAGUGGCCAGUAUUUUUUAGAAUAUCGAUUCCGAUUUUUUUUCCUACGCCUUUUUUUUUCGUCUCGGAGUUAUAAGUACUUGUGUAUGUUUUAUCGUCCUUUCACUUCAAUAUUAACUUGUCAUUCAAGGGCUUACGAUAACAUAAGAGGACCUGUUUGAACCAGACAAUGCUCUGUAAAUUUUGGAUCCAGCUAUUGGUUGCCGUUAGUCUAUUGACAGUAUCAUAUGGUCAAGUCAGUUUCUCUACGAACUGGGGUAGUGGGAAAAGGUCUUCUGAUACAGCGCCACUGGUCAACGACAUCUGCCUAGCUAAAACAGACACGAAAUUAUUGUACGAUUUAAUGAGAGUUAUACAGAGGCAAGCAGAACGCAUCAUUGCCUGCAGUAGCAAUUACGAUGAAUUAAAGCGGACAUUUUAAUCUACCUGGAGGACAGUCGUCGUAUCCUCUAUGCAAUUUUAAACGAGAAUAGGAGAAGAGGAACAAUCAUUUAUUUGUCGACAAAUACUUCGAAUUUACUAUCACAAAAUUUGGUUUCCAAGAACAAACUUUCUUAGCAUAUUUGGAAACAGAAUAGUGAUUUAGAAGAUCAGUCACUUUAGAAUAGAGUAAAAUUUAACAAAACUGAAGAUAAGAGAUGAUGUAUUUUACAUUAAUUAUGUCAAAAUGUUUAAUAAUUAGGCAUAUAUACAUUAAGUAUAUCAUACAACCUCUGUAUAUUAUAAAUUUGUGGAAUUUUUGUUAACUGUUAAUGCACUAUUUACAUAUUUUGUUCAUAUUGUCUCCUGAAAGACUCUUUUGAGUGGUCAGUUCAUCUUUUCCAAUUGACAAUUAAAAGAAAACUG